AUGUUUGAACCACAAAACAACUCCUCUUCUGUGGUUGUGAAGCUUCCACUCUUUCUACUCCUCUCAUUCGUGUUGAUCAAGGAAGGAGGACAAGUAUGGGCUCAAGAAAUUGAAAGAUCCGAUGAUUGGGAUCAAAUUUCAUCAGGCCGAUGGUUUUCUUCCAAACAGAAUACGAGUUGGUGGUUGGCUGUGAUGGUAGCGGUCAUGGUAUUGAUCUUGGCAAAAUUGAUACAUUCCGUUUAUCAAGUGUUUCAACAAAUGAACAAAUUGAAGGAAAUUCCUGGCUCUUGGCAAUUCUUAUUCUCUCCCAUUCGAAUUCCCUUCUUUGCUCCUUACUUUUAUUUAAAUAGUGCUUUUCAAAUGCAAAAAGUGAUUGAAAAAUUUGGAGAUCCUGAAACGAAAACAUUUCGUCUAAGUCUUCCAGAUAAGAAUAUUGUCUACGUUUCAGAUAAGAACAUGUUGAAAGAGGUAAUGGUCACGAAAUCGAAUAACUUUGAAAAGCCCAAACCAAGCUACGAGUUGUUGAAUAUCUUUGGAGAGAGCAUUCUAACCUGUUUGAAUAAUGAAACUUGGAAAAAACAUUUCAAAGUGUGCAGUCCUGGAUUCUCUCCAGUGAAUUUACAAUUCAUGUGCAAAGUAGCAGUGAAAACUUGUGAUUUAUUGUUUGAAAAAUGGGAUAAACAGUUAGAGGGAAAGAAGGAAUUCAUGUUGCAAGUGGGUAAUUAUUCAGACGUGACUUUAGAUAUUCUUGGCAAAGCAGGUUUUGGUGUGGAUUUGGGUAUUUUCACAAAGAACGAAAAAGGAAUUCAAUUUCGAAUGGCCAUGGAUACCCUCAUCACCAAAGAUAUUGCCUUGAGAAAUUUUGUGAAAAGACGUUCUGAACUGCUGUAUCCUCUGUUUGCUUGGUGGUUUGGAACCGAUAAAGCAACAAAAGUGUGCUCAGAAACUCUUGAUGAAGUAAUCAAUUCCAGAAGAAAACAACUCAUGGAAAAAUCUCAUCUUUCUGCUUCUUCAGAAGAAUCAGAUCAAGGUCAUGAUAUUUUGAGUUUAUUAGUUGAAGCCAAUUUAAGCGAAAAGUUACUGAACGAUGGUGAACUCAAAAGCAAUGCAUUUAUCUUGUCUUUGGCAGGUCAUGAGACAACAUCAACUUUGUUGCAAUGGGUGACCUAUGAAAUCUCAAAAAGACCAGAAGUUCAAGAACGACUCUUCAAAGAAGUUCAAAAGGUUCUCAACGGAAGAGAUCCAACUUUUGAUGAUUUUGAAAAACUUGAAUAUGUGAAUAUGGUCAUUAUGGAAGCUUUGAGAUAUCACCCACCUGUCACAACUAUUGUAAAACAUGUUGCCAAGAAAGCUACAACCUUGGGUAAAUUCAACAUUCCAAAAGGAACUCAAAUUCAUGCAUUCAUUUUGGACAGUCACACAAGAUCAGAUAAUUGGGGAGAAAGUGUGAAUGAAUUCAAUCCUGAUCGAUUCAAGGAUGCUGAAACCAGAGAACGCGUUCAACAUGAUUUUACUUGGAUUCCUUUUAGUGGAGGUAAUAGAAAAUGCAUUGGAUACAAAUUCUCAUUGAUGGAAGGAUGCAUGUUGUUAUCCAAACUUGUUCAAAAGUAUCAUUUUCGAUUAAUGAAUGAUGAAAGUGUGGAUCCAGUUGGUACUAGAACUAUUGUCGUGAAUAGACCUACAAAUUUGAAGGUAGCUGUGUCUAAAAGAGAAAGCCAUUAA